AUGAAAAAUGCAUGGUGUUGGUUGCGUGUCCACGUCACGGGCCUCACCCGGGUAAUAAGAAAUUUAGGAGCCCCACGUCUUGUAUCGUCGGCCCCAACAGAGGUUUUCUUCCAUUCUCGUGACGAUGCCGACUAUGUUGUGUUGCCGUGCGCUGCUGAAGGCAACCCUCCACCGACGAUCACUUGGUUCAGAAACGACAUCGACGUGGUGACACCUUCCGGUUCCAGUGUGCCAUAUUUGCUGUCUGGUGGAUCGCUGCUGGUUCCAGCUGAUCCAUCACUAGCGUAUUCUUCGUUUCACUGUACCGCAAAAAAUCGACACGGGGAAGUCAGAGGGCCUUCAAUAUUGCUGAAGCCGGCAUUUCUGGACUCGUUUCGACCUCAUCGCGGCAGCGUCGUACCUCUUUACAAUGGUGGUGCAAAACUGGAAUGUGACGCGCCAAAUCACCAGCCUAGUGAGUUUCUACACAUUUUUAUUAGUCCAUGGAAACGACAAUUAUCAGUGGGUCAGCUAUAA